GUUUGUAUGACUGUGGUUAACUUGACGUGUGACGCUGUUGCUUCUCCAUAGCAUCCCGAAGUCAAAGCAGAAGAGAAACUAUAUAUAACUUCUGAUCAAAAGGUUUCUGUUUGUGGUUUUAAAGCUUUUUGCAGUGAGGAGUUGUUUCGGCGUUUAUUUCAGGAUGGUGAAAGUAUCUUUCAACUCUGUACUGGCCCAGAAAGAUGUGAAAAAGGACGCGGAAAACCUUAUUGCUGAGGACGACAAACAAGAUGUGGAGGCAGUUGUGCCGGUGCAGCACAGGUCCAGGGCCUGGUGCUUGUGUAUGGUCCUGGGUCUGGCACUCAUGCUGUCCGGGGUGAUGAUUGGAGGAGCCUACCUUUUCCGCUACUACGCCAUGGAGGUGAGCAGGCAGUUUCAUCAAGGGUGGGACAGUACCUCCGAGAACAUAGAGAAGGACCAAGUGUAUUUCUGCGGCGUGAACUACCGUGAGGAGGACUACAUGAUUCCUGAAGAGGACGAGGUGGCAGUGGAGCUGCCAAACAAGUUCCGUCUGCGGCAGCUGGAUGAGAACAUCAGGGUUCUGGAGAAAGAGCAGGUGGAGCUCAUCAGCGUCCCUGUGCCUGACUUUGAUACUGGUGACCCAGCAGACAUCGUCCAUGACUUCCAGCGGAUGUUGACUGCCUACCUGGAUCUGAAUCUGGACAAGUGCUACAUCAUCACGCUCAACACCUCCAUCAUCAUGCCCCCCAAGACUUUGGAGCUACUGAUCAACAUCAAGGCUGGGACCUACCUCCCACAGUCUUACCUGGUCCACGAGGAGAUGAUUGUGACUGAGCGUCUGAUGCGUGACCAGCUCGGUUACUUCAUCAACAACCUCUGCCGUGGCAAAGAGACUUACAAGCUGCAGCGCAGAGACAGGAUUCUGGGUUUUCAAAAGCGUGAGGCUCUAAACUGCCACAAGAUCCGCCACUUUGGGAGCCAGGUGGUGGUGGAGACCAUCAUCUGUGAGCCUUAAGAUGCCGCGUCUCCUCACAGACGCUCUUAAAGUCACUGGGGUGCAGUGAGAUUGUUUUUGUUUUGUUUUUUGUUUGUUUGUUUGUUUUAAUCCUGACUUUUUCCUGUUCUUUACUUCAGGUAGUUUUAGUGAAAUGUGAAGCUGAAUGGAAAAGAAUUGUUUAUUGUUUAAAGAAAAAGAAUUGGGGACGGGUGGGGGGAUUGAAUCACUUUUUUCCACUUUAUGUAUGGGGACGUUUUGGGGUUUGUUUGUUUUGUUUUUUUUACUUGCUAAAAACCAGCCUCCUCAAUAUAUAAAAUACAAAUAUUAUAAUCAUACUAAUGUUGAGUGUUUGGCUAGAUUAGUUUAGUUUUCAGGUGCAUAAAAUUCCAGCAGCCGUGUGAACUCUGACUUGUGUGCCGCUCAGCCUACUGUUCAUCUGGGGAAACUUGGGUUUUCUAGCUCAUCUGCUGUAACUAUUAAUACACUGCAUCUGUUGUUCCUCAACUGGAAACAAAAUAAUAGUGUGGGUUCUGGUUUCUCCUAUUGUAGCUUAUAAAUAAGUAUAAAUCAUCCAAAGCCCAUGAAAGCCUUAAAUGUCAAAUGUUUUGUGUGAAAUUUAUUACUUCAUAUUUGGGGGUAAUUCUGCUUGCUGUACUCAUUUGUGUAUAUAAUCUCUAUAAAGAUAUGAACAGACCAAGACAAUAAAAACAAGAAAAAA